AUCCGGGACUCUGGCCCCGUCUCCUCGGCAGAGCCUGACCUGCGAGCCCAGAGCGUGGGGCUCGGCUCACCUGGGCCCCGUGGCUGACAGUGUGACCUGGGCAGGUCUUGCCUGCUGGGCCUCGGUGUCCUGUCUGCACCAGGGGUUGGGGUGGGAAGGGAAUCAAUGCGCUGAACAUGCCCCCGUCCCAGCUCUCCCGUCCCGAGGCUGUGGCUUUCCGGGCGAGUUGGAGUCAUGCGAGGUCCUUAACAGUCCUCAUUUGCCACUGCGCCCCCAGGUUUUGGCCAUGAACUCUGGAGAGAGGAAGCUGGAAGCUGCAGGGCCCAGAGGCAGAAGGGCUGGCAGACCCCGGGAACAGGGCACUCAGAGUUCCGGGUGGGCAGCAGGACAGGCUCGCCACGGGGACCUGGAGCCACCUCUGAACUCUUACAGGACCGAGACGUGCAGCUGUCCAAGGCUCUGUCCUAUGCCCUGCGCCACGGGGCCCUGAAGCUGGGGCUGCCCAUGGGGGCUGGCGGCUUCGUGCCCCUGGGCGCCCUCCUGCAGCUGCCCCAGUUCCGCAGCUUCUCAGCGGAAGAUGUGCAGCGUGUGGUGGACACCAAUGGGAAGCAGCGGUUCGCCCUGCAGCCAGGGGACCCCAGCACCGGCCCUCUCAUCCGGGCCAAUCAGGGUCACUCCCUGCAGGUACCUGAGUUGGAGCUGAUGCCCCUGGAGACCCCGCGGGACCUGCCCCCGAUGCUGGUCCAUGGCACAUUCUGGCAGCACUGGCCCUCCAUCCGGCUCAAGGGCCUGUCCUGCCGCGGAAGGACACACAUCCACUUGGCCACAGGACUGCCUGGGGACACUGGUGUCAUCAGUGGCAUGCGGCCAAACUGCCAAGUGGCCGUGUUCAUCAAUGGGCCCCUGGCCCUGGCAGAUGGAAUCCCCUUCUUCCGCUCUGCGAACGGGGUGAUCCUGACUCCCGGAAACGCUGAUGGCUUCCUGCUUCCCAAGUACUUCAAGGAGGCCCUGCAGCUACGGCCUACCCGAAAACCCCUCUCCUUGGCUGGUGAUGAAGAGACAGAGUGUCAGAGUGGCCCCCAGCACAGCUCCAGAGGAAGGAUGAGCCAACAAUAAAAUAUUUAUUAAAAAAGGAAAUGUAAAAAGAUUUUAAAAAA